CGACCGCCACUUUCAAAACCCCCCACCGCUCUAGAACCGCGGGAGCUUCCGUCCCUGAGUAGAAUUCGAGGGUGUAAAGAAGAGGAAGGGGAAAAAUCUUGUACCAGCCCAGGGGUGAAGAAGCCCCCGGCCUGAGAAAGAAGGAAGGAGGAGUGGGGGAGGCGAACAGUCUCGUUGCUGCCUCUGUGUACGCUGAGGGGGGAGGAAUUGUCUUAGAAGAAAGAAGCAAAUCAUCAUUUUACCCACGUAAAUAUAUGAAUAUAUUUCUGACAGUGGAGCGUUCCAGAAGAUGAUAAAGAAAUGAUAGCAGCUCCAGAAAUACCAACUGAUUUUAAUCUACUACAGGAGUCAGAGACACAUUUUUCUUCUGACACAGAUUUUGAAGACAUUGAAGGAAAAAACCAAAAGCAAGGCAAAGGAAAAACUUGUAAAAAAGGCAAAAAGGGCCCAGGAGAAAAGGGCAAAGGUGGAAAUGGAGGAGGAAAACCUCCUUCUGGUCCAAACCGAAUGAAUGGUCAUCACCAACAGAAUGGAGUGGAAAACAUGAUGUUGUUUGAAGUUGUUAAAAUGGGCAAGAGUGCUAUGCAGUCGGUGGUAGAUGAUUGGAUAGAAUCAUAUAAGCAUGACCGAGAUAUAGCACUUCUUGACCUCAUCAACUUUUUUAUUCAGUGUUCAGGCUGUAAAGGAGUUGUCACAGCGGAAAUGUUUAGACAUAUGCAGAACUCUGAAAUAAUUCGAAAAAUGACCGAAGAAUUUGAUGAGGACAGUGGAGAUUAUCCACUUACCAUGGCUGGUCCUCAGUGGAAGAAAUUCAAAUCCAGUUUUUGUGAAUUCAUUGGUGUAUUAGUAAGGCAAUGUCAAUAUAGUAUCAUAUAUGAUGAGUAUAUGAUGGAUACAGUAAUUUCACUUCUUACUGGACUUUCUGACUCCCAAGUCAGAGCAUUUCGACAUACAAGCACCCUGGCAGCUAUGAAGUUGAUGACAGCUUUGGUGAAUGUGGCACUAAAUCUUAGCAUUAAUAUGGAUAAUACACAAAGACAAUAUGAGGCAGAACGGAAUAAAAUGAUUGGGAAGCGAGCCAACGAGAGGCUAGAACUCCUGCUACAAAAGCGGAAAGAGCUUCAAGAAAAUCAAGAUGAAAUAGAAAAUAUGAUGAAUGCAAUAUUUAAAGGAGUGUUUGUACAUAGAUAUCGUGAUGCAAUAGCAGAAAUCCGAGCUAUUUGUAUUGAAGAGAUUGGUAUUUGGAUGAAAAUGUAUAGUGAUGCCUUUCUUAAUGACAGUUAUUUAAAAUAUGUGGGUUGGACUAUGCAUGAUAAGCAAGGUGAGGUAAGACUGAAAUGUCUUACUGCUCUGCAAGGGCUUUAUUAUAACAAAGAGCUUAAUUCCAAACUGGAGCUUUUUACCAGUCGGUUCAAGGAUAGAAUUGUGUCUAUGACUCUUGACAAAGAAUAUGAUGUUGCAGUACAAGCAAUAAAGUUACUCACUCUUGUUUUACAGAGUAGUGAAGAAGUUCUUACUGCAGAAGAUUGUGAAAAUGUCUAUCAUCUGGUUUAUUCAGCUCACCGGCCAGUAGCAGUAGCAGCUGGAGAAUUUCUCUACAAAAAGCUCUUCAGCCGCAGAGAUCCAGAAGAGGAUGGAGUGAUGAAAAGAAGAGGAAGACAGGGCCCAAAUGCAAACCUUGUUAAGACGUUGGUUUUCUUCUUUUUGGAAAGUGAGUUACAUGAGCAUGCAGCAUACCUUGUGGAUAGCAUGUGGGACUGUGCUACUGAGCUGCUGAAAGACUGGGAAUGUAUGAAUAGCUUGCUGCUGGAGGAGCCACUUAGUGGAGAGGAAGCAUUAACAGACAGACAAGAGAGUGCUCUCAUUGAAAUAAUGCUUUGUACCAUUAGACAAGCAGCUGAAUGUCAUCCUCCCGUGGGAAGGGGGACAGGAAAAAGGGUGCUGACAGCGAAGGAGAAGAAGACCCAGUUAGAUGACAGGACAAAAAUCACUGAACUUUUUGCUGUGGCCCUUCCUCAGUUACUGGCAAAAUACUCGGUAGAUGCAGAAAAGGUGACUAACUUGUUACAGUUGCCUCAGUACUUUGAUUUGGAAAUAUAUACCACUGGACGAUUAGAAAAGCAUUUGGAUGCCUUACUGCGACAGAUUCGGAAUAUAGUAGAGAAGCACACAGAUACAGAUGUUUUGGAAGCAUGUUCUAAAACUUAUCAUGCACUGUGUAAUGAAGAGUUUACAAUCUUCAACAGAGUAGAUAUUUCAAGAAGUCAACUAAUAGAUGAAUUGGCAGAUAAAUUUAACAGACUUCUUGAAGAUUUUCUACAAGAGGGUGAAGAACCUGAUGAAGAUGAUGCAUAUCAGGUAUUAUCAACAUUGAAGAGGAUCACUGCUUUUCAUAAUGCCCACGAUCUUUCAAAAUGGGAUUUGUUUGCUUGUAAUUACAAACUAUUGAAAACCGGAAUUGAAAAUGGAGACAUGCCUGAGCAGAUUGUUAUUCAUGCACUGCAGUGUACCCACUAUGUAAUACUUUGGCAGUUGGCAAAGAUAACUGAAAGCAGCUCCACAAAGGAGGACUUGCUGCGUUUAAAGAAACAAAUGAGAGUAUUUUGUCAGAUAUGUCAGCAUUACCUGACCAAUGUGAAUACUACUGUUAAGGAGCAGGCCUUCACUAUUCUAUGUGAUAUUUUGAUGAUCUUCAGUCAUCAGAUAAUGUCAGGAGGACGUGACAUGUUAGAGCCAUUAGUUUACACUCCUGAUUCUUCGUUACAGUCUGAGUUGCUUAGCUUUAUUUUGGAUCAUGUCUUCAUUGAACAGGAUGAUGAUAGCAACAGUGCAGAUGGUCAGCAGGAGGACGAAGCCAGUAAAAUCGAAGCUCUGCACAAGAGGAGAAAUUUACUCGCAGCAUUUUGUAAGCUAAUUGUAUAUACUGUAGUGGAGAUGAAUACAGCUGCAGAUAUCUUCAAGCAGUAUAUGAAGUAUUACAAUGACUAUGGAGAUAUUAUCAAGGAAACAAUGAGUAAAACAAGACAGAUAGACAAAAUUCAGUGUGCAAAGACACUUAUUCUCAGUUUGCAACAGCUCUUCAAUGAAAUGAUACAAGAAAAUGGCUAUAAUUUUGAUAGAUCAUCCCCAACAUUCAGUGGCAUAAAAGAACUUGCUCGACGUUUUGCUUUAACUUUUGGACUUGAUCAGUUGAAAACCAGAGAAGCCAUUGCCAUGCUACACAAAGAUGGCAUAGAAUUUGCUUUUAAAGAACCUAAUCCACAAGGGGAGAGCCAUCCACCUUUAAAUUUGGCAUUUCUUGAUAUUCUGAGUGAAUUUUCUUCUAAACUACUCCGACAAGACAAAAGAACUGUGUAUGUUUACUUGGAAAAGUUCAUGACCUUUCAGAUGUCACUCCGAAGAGAAGAUGUGUGGCUUCCAUUGAUGUCUUACCGAAAUUCUUUGCUAGCUGGUGGCGAUGAUGACACCAUGUCGGUUAUAAGUGGAAUCAGCAGCCGAGGAUCAACUGUGCGGAGUAAAAAAUCAAAACCAGCUACUGGAAAACGGAAAGUGGUUGAGGGCAUGCAGCUCGCACUCACUGAAGAAAGUAGUAGUAGUGAUAGUAUGUGGUUAAGCAGAGAACAAACGCUGCACACCCCAGUUAUGAUGCAGACACCACAGCUCACCUCAACUAUUAUGAGAGAGCCCAAAAGAUUACGACCCGAAGAUAGCUUCAUGAGUGUCUAUCCAAUGCAGACUGAACACCAUCAAACUCCUCUUGAUUAUAACACGCAGGUAACAUGGAUGUUAGCUCAAAGACAACAAGAGGAAGCAAGGCAGCAGCAGGAGAGAGCAGCAAUGAGCUAUGUUAAACUGCGAACUAAUCUUCAGCAUGCCAUUCGGCGUGGUACAAGCCUAAUGGAAGAUGAUGAAGAGCCAAUUGUUGAAGAUGUUAUGAUGUCCUCAGAAGGGAGGAUUGAGGAUCUUAACGAGGGAAUGGAUUUUGAUACCAUGGAUAUAGACUUGCCACCGUCAAAGAACAGACGAGAGAGAACAGAGCUGAAGCCUGAUUUCUUUGAUCCAGCUUCAAUUAUGGAUGAAUCAGUUCUUGGGGUGUCAAUGUUUUAAUACCAGUACACAAUUAAAUGUGUGGUGAAGUCAUUUUCUAAGUGGAAGAGGAAAUUUUAAAAUAAAGUGUGGUAGAUACAGUGAAAUUCUGUACAGAUUUUUCUCUAAGGAGAAUAUGACAUGCUUAUGCUUACCAAGAUCAAGUGCAUUGAGGGGCAGUUUUGUUUGCCUGAAAAAAAGUAAAGGACAAGUAAACAAUUUGAUGAUAAGCUACCGUUUUUCUUAGAAAGUAAAUAUUUUAUUUAUGCGCUGUUAGUUGGCUUUUGAAUCAAUUAUUUCAUGCUUUUUUAAAAAAAA